ACAAGAGACAGUGUCAAGAUGAUCGUGUUCUGGGUUACACUGCUUCUUCUUCAUCAGGGAUAUACACUGGUUCCAGUGACCACAGUUCAACUUGGUGAACCUGCAACCUUCAUGUGUGUUUUGCCAAAAAAGUGGAACAAUGAAAAUAUUCACUGGUACAAGCAGAGUGCCGGGGAAAAUCUGAAAUUAAUUGUAUCACUUAUUACAAAUACAAAUCAUGAAUAUGGACCAGAGUUUCCUACCUCAAGAUUUGAAGCAAAAGUUAAUGAGAAUAUUAGCAGUCUGACUAUUUUAAAGACAAAACAAGAAGAUGAGGGAAUGUAUCACUGUGCAUUCAUGGACUGGAUCAAUAAUUCUUGGAAUGCGACCUAUUUGUCAUUAAGAGUCCAUCCAGGAGACUCAGUGACUCUACAGUGUUCAGUCCUCUCUGACUCUGAGAGCAAGACGUGUUCAGAAGAAGACAGUGUGUUCUGGUUGAGAGCCAGAUCAGAUAAAUCUCAUCCAGACAUCAUCUACGCUGAUGGAAACAGACAUGAUGAAUGUGACAAGAGUCAGAAACGCUGUAUUUAUCACUUCUCUAAGAACGUCAGCUCCUCUGAUGAUGGGACUUACUACUGUGCUGUGGCCACAUGUGGGGAGAUAUUAUUUGGAAAUGGAUCAAAACGGCAAAUCGAGCGAACAGUGAGUUGUAAAUUUACGGCAAUGGUGAUAGGAGGAAUGGUCUGCCUGAUCAUUUCUGUGAUUGGAAAUAUUGUUUUCAUCUGUUACCGAACUCCAAGAGCAAGAUGUGAACAAUUUAGAGGAAUAGAAAGCGUCUCUUCACAAUCACGACACGACAACUCGAUCCCACCAGUCAAUGAUAAUACUGAAGGUGGAGAUGAUCUGAACUAUGCUGCGCUGCAUUUAUCUGGUAGAAAAGCUACAAGAGGAAGGAAGAAGAGAGAGACUGAAGAAAGUGUGUAUUCUCAAGUUAAAUGCCAAAUGUGAACGUGUGUGUCUGUGAAAAUCUGUGAGUUGGUUCAUAGUACUGACCUCUUACAGAAAUAAACAAUUAAAUGUUGCAAGUUCCCUUCUAACUUCAGUGAGAAUGACAAGAUUUAUGAUAGAAAUUAUACUGUAGCAUAGAGACAUGCUCUUUCUGUUCCACGUUUUAUUGUACACUGAUCCUAGCAUCAUAUUAUGUGUUUGUAUUUGCUUAUUAUUCUUUUACUUUCAAAUUAUUAGGUGGAUUUAUUAAAAAUAAUACAUAAAAAACUCUAUACAGCAAAGGGGCAUGUAUAUCUUAUUUAAAGAACUAUUUUUGAAUGCUUCAUAGUUCAUGAUGGAAACGAUUUUUUAAAAUCAAUUCUGAUGUCAUCAAAAUCAACAUUUGUUAAUAAA